AGAAGUGUCGCAUUUAGAGUGUAAUAUAUGCUAAAUGAAAGGGAUGCAGAUAGUUUACACUUUCAUUCAUAUUUAUGGGGUUUGUCUUCAGGUGAUGGCGUAGUGAGAGUGACCAUGAACAUAAGUAGAAAAAUACACAAUGCUGUUCCUGCAACAUCAUAAAGCAGCCCAGAGGAUCAUAAGCAGUUCUGUGCGUUUAGUCUCCACUGGCUCUCGAGGGUCAAAGUAUGCUGUGCAUCAACUUAAAAAAGAUCAACAGAAAUCUGCAUCAAACCAAGAAGAAUUGAAAAAGAAGUUGCGCAUCCAGUUUUCCCGUGCCAAACUUGGAUAUUUUACACAGACACCACCUCACCAAGAAAAUCUGUUUACCAACAAUGCAUUUCUCACUUCAUACCUCACCAGAGUCCUUCCAGAGGAGAUACGAUCUGAAAUAUGGGGAGACUUAGAGCGUUUUGGGAAGAGGGCAGUGACAGAGAUUUAUCCUCUGGGGAGAGAAUGCGAGCGUAAUCAGCCCUUUGUUCGUACUUUUAAUGCCUGGGGUAACAGAGUGGAUGAUUUAGUGACUUGCCAGGCAUGGAAAGACCUCAAGAAGAUUUCAGCAGAGGAGGGUCUUAUUGCAACUGCCUAUGAAGGGAAAUUUGCUGAGUAUGACCGCCUCUAUCAAAUGAUCAAGCUGUAUUUGUUUGCUCCUGUAUCGGGACUCUACUCCUGCCCUCUUGCCAUGACAGAUGGAGCUGCAAAAACUGCUAAAACUAUUGGCUCUCAUCACAUGAAGAAGGCCUACCAACAUCUGACCUCACGUGACCCAAGCAAGUUUUGGACGUCGGGUCAGUGGAUGACAGAAAAGAGAGGUGGCUCGGAUGUGAGUGGAUCAACGGAAACAGUAGCAGUGGAGGAAGCCAAUGGAUCACAUCAGCUCUUCGGCUACAAGUGGUUCAGCUCAGCCACAGACUCAGACAUGACCCUGACCCUUGCCAACAUUAUUUCAGAAGAGGAACCUGAGCCUAAACUACGGGGACUUACUAUGUUUUACUUGGAAACAAGGAAGGAUGAUGGUUCAUUAAAUAACAUUGAGAUUGUGAAGCUGAAAGACAAGCUAGGUACUCGACAGCUGCCAACAGCUGAACUUCUGCUUGAUGGCUCUGUGGCCUAUCAGGUGUCUGAAGAAGGUCGUGGUAUUGCUUCCAUUGCUAAUAUGCUAACCAUUACACGCCUUCAUAAUGCAAUAUCUGCCUGUGCAGCCAUGAGGAGGGUUCUUCAGCUAGCUCGAGAUUACAGCCAACGGCGAUCAGCUUUCGGACAGGUGGUUGAGUCUCACACUUUGCACCAACUGACAGCAUCAAGGAUGGACGUUAUUACAAGAGGAUGUGAAGUCCUUACCUUUGAGGUUGCAAGAAUUCUUGGAAGAGAGGAAGCCGGUGUGGCAUCAAAGGACGACAGCCUCGUGCUCCGCCUCAUGACGCCCAUCAUGAAGCUCUUCACUGCCAAAAUGGCCAUGAGUGUGGUGUCAGAGGGACUUGAGUGUUUUGGGGGCCAGGGCUACAUUGAAGACACUGGGCUCCCUGUCCAUCUACGGGAUGCUCAGGUUUUGCCAAUAUGGGAAGGAACUACAAACAUCAUGUCCCUUGAUUUUCUACGAGCAGUAGUGAAGACAGAAGGACAGGCUCUCACUGCUUUGUACAGGGAUGUUAAAGGUCGUGUCGAAGAGGUCAAGGGAGGUCAGAAUAGUUCACUAGAGGACUCCUGUGACAAGGUUUCUCAAGCAAUGGAGCAACUAGUCAACUUUCUCCAGAGGCGUCCAGAGCUGGUGCAGCCUGCAGCCCGAGAUGUUGCAACAUCAAUUGCACACAUCUACAUAGGGUGUCUCCUCCUCGAACACGCGGCUUGGGACGAGGGCAGCAUAAGUGAGGAGGUGGCAAAGAGAUGGUGUGCACAACCCCUGUUCUGCAUCACUCCUGCUGAAUACACCGCUGACAAUCAGUCUAUUGUCAUGGAUGGGUACAAUGCAGAUGAAGUUUAUGGUCCCAUGUUCUAAGAAGUGGGCUUUGAUAUUUUUAUAAUCAGGUUUUUUUUCUUCUUCAUCAUUGAUAAAUUGAUUUGAUUUGCCUAUAGGAAUUAUGUUUUAAGUAUUGUUAGUUAUAUCGUAGAAUUGAUUUGAAAUUGAGAGUUACAAGAAGUGGAGGAAAGCUAUAAUAAUAGUAAUUUAAUGUGUUUUUGGUUACAUGCAGAAGGGAUAGUGAAGGAAUGCUGUAAUGCAAAAUAUAUAUGUAGAUCUUCUUUUAAGAUACAGCAUUAUAUUUGUUCAGAAGGUGUGAAAAUAGAAGUAACUUUUCCUUUCAAAUUCCUUUUUAUCAAUGUGUAUAUCUAUUUUACUUUAUGUACAUUAAGUCUGAUUGUAUAAGCAGUUGUUUUCUGCAAAUGAUAUUGGCUGUGUAAACUUUUUAAAUAUUGUUUUUUUUUUAGCAUGUAUUUAUGAUAAUUUCUAUAAUUUAAAACAUCCCUAGUGGACAAAUGAAACAAAGGUCUUUCACAAAAUACUACAGGGUUGCCUGUACUAAAGGUUGUUGUUGGAUGAUUUCUAUUAGAUAAACUUAGACUUGUAAUUCAAGGCCAGAACAGAGAAAAAAGUGCAUUGUACGUAUUGGUGCUAUAUAUUAUAAAAUAUAUAUUUUUGCAUAGAUGAAUAAAUAAAUUAUAUAUCAGAAAA